AUGCGGGACAAUUCGGAGGUCUACAAGGAGAAAAACCCACAUGCUCAUUUGAUCAGCUUCGUGGAAAUGUGUAAUACAUUCUCCAUUCUUGUCGUUACUUCGGAAGGAAUUAGACUGUACCUCUUCCCAUAUACACUUCAAGAUGAGGCGAAGAGGUGGGCUCAUUCAUUGGAGCAAAAUGAAAUUAAUUAUUGGGACCAGUUGGUCGAGCGAUUCAUGAAGAAAUUCUUCCCGCCUGCAGUCAAUGCAAGAAGACAGGGGGAUGUGUUGAAUUUUGAACAUAUGGAAAACGAGACUCUCAGCACCGCAUGGGUGCGAUUCAGAAGAUUGGUAAAGAACUGUCCGCACUUCGAGAUUCUGGAUUGCGUUCUGAUGGAAACCUUUUACAAUGGCCUAUACAGAUCAAUGCAAGUUGUUGCUGAAGCCUCCGCGGCAGAAGGAUUUAUGGACAAAAUGUACACUGAAGCCAAGGUCAUCUUAGAUCGCAUUUUGCAAAAUACAGAUGACUGGGUAGACAACGGGUAUGGAGGAAGAGGCCCUGAACGAAGAAAAGCAGAAAGUGCCAUUAUACCUGUGGAUAUAAUGACCACAUUGGCCGCACAAAUGGCCACAGUUACCUCUCUCCUCCAAAUGAUGGCAAUUAAUCAUGGAACCCUUUCCCAGGGUGCAGCGCAAGACAAUACGUUGGCACAAGUGGCAGUGAUAAGCUGUGCACAAUGCGGAGAGGGUCAUUCAGUAGAAAUGUGCCCAUCAAACCCACAGGCAGUGUACUCCAUUCAGAAUAACCCGUACAAUAACACAUACAACCCGGGUUGGCGAAACCAUCCCAACUUCAAUUGGGGAGGGAAUAAUGACCAGGGAGGCCAGAGGAAUUUGCAGAAUAAUUCUGAGAAUCGAGGAAACCCUCCAGUUUUUCACCAAGGUCUGAAUCAGAGUCAUCACCAAAGUAGGCAAUCGCACAACCAACCUUCUUCAUCCAACUUCUCUACAAAUUCAUCAUCCUUGGAAGCUCUGCUGAAGCAGUAUAUAGAGAAAAAUGAUGCGGUUAUGCAAUCGCAAGCAUCUUCAAUAAGGAAUUUGGAGGUCCAGAUGGGGCAACUGGCAGCCGAGCUUCGUAAUAGAGCACUGGGAAUGAUGCCCAGUAAUUCAGAAGCCCCCGGAUCUAAUGGGAAGGAGCAAUGUCAGUAG